AUGUCUAGAUUAUCGACCUUCAACGAGCAACCGGAAACAUAUCAGUCGUGGAAAUCAACAUUCCAAGCAGUGGUUAAAGAAAUCGGAGCUUCUACCUCAGAAGAAAUCGACCUCUUGAUAAAAUGGUUGGGUCCUGUGUCGAAGCGGCAAGCUAUUUCUAUAAAGACGGCAUAUAUUAUUGAUCCAGUUGAAGGUCUUAGAAAGAUAUGGUUCCGCUUGGAUGAUCGUUACGGAUCACCGGAAAAUGUAUACAAUGCCACUGUAAAGAAGUUAGAGGCAUUUCCCAAAAUUUCGAUGAUGAAUUGUUCAAAGUUGUAUGAUCUAUCAGAUAUUCUGUCACAAAUCGAAGGAUUGAAAGAAGAUUCUAGAUACGCUACUAUCUUGUCAUACUUCGAUUCAGCUGUUGGUGUUAAUCCGAUCAUUUCAAAAUUGUCGCACAACCUUCAAGAAAAAUGGACGACAGUAGCAGCUAGAUACAAAAUUGAAAAUAAUGUGCCAUUUCCACCAUUUAGUGUGCUUGCCAAGUUCGUUCACGAUCAGAGUCGUAUUCGGAACGAUCCAAGCUUCUACUUUGAUUCUUCAAGCAUGUCAAGUCAACAAGAUGCCAGGAGUACAGGAAACCUCAAACAACAUAAUGGGAAAUCUGUGUCAGUUCACAAAACCGAGCAAACCGAAAUAAAGUGUCAUAUACACAAAGCAAAUCAUUCUUUGGAAAAUUGUCGGGCAUUUCAGAGUAAAUCUUUUGAAGAGAAAAGAAAAGUGUUAAAUGAGAAAAAGCUGUGUUUCAGGUGUUUUAAUGAUAAGCAUAUGGCACGCGAGUGUAAAAAUAAAAUUGAGUGUUCAGUGUGUUCUAGAAAAUCUCACUCAACUAUCAUGCAUCGAGAUUCUCCUGUUGACUCUGGAAGAAGUUCUACUACACCUCAAGAUGCUGCGUAUGGUGAAAGUCAAGGUGGGGAGAGGACAGCCAACCAGCUUGUUACAAACAAUUGUACAGAAAUAUGUGAAGAUACAAAAUCUUGUGCAAAAAUUGUUCUUGUCAAUAUGUAUACUGUAGACAAUCCCAAUAAUAUAGUCAAAUGUUACGUUGUUAUUGAUGAGCAAAGUAACAAGUCUCUCAUGAAAUCUGAAAUGUUUAGUCUGUUAGGGAUUGAAGGUGAAAAUUAUGAUUUUGUACUUAAAACAUGUAGUGGUUCUGUAAAUAAGAGUGGUCGUAGAGCAAAACAAUGUGUGGUUGAGUCUCUAGAUGGUUCAGUCCAUCACGCACUACCAACACUCAUUGAGUGUGAUCAGAUACCAGAUAACAAAAAUGAGAUCUGUACUCCAGAUGAAGCUCGCUGUCACGAGCAUCUAGUAAAUGUUGCAAAUUACAUGCCAGAAUUUGAUGAAAAUGCUGACAUUAUGUUGUUGUUAGGAAGAGAUGUUGUAGAAGCUCACCAUGUACUAGAUCAAGAUGUAGGUCCAGCUGGAGCACCUUUUGCUCAACGCCUAGGAUUAGGCUGGGUUGUUAUUGGUAACUUAUGUUUAGGACAAAUUUAUGUUCAAGAUACUGUCAAUGUUCAUAAAACACAUGUACUUAACAACGGUCGUACAUCGUUGUUCAAACCUUGUGAUCACAUGUCCGUGACUGUCCAAGAUCCAUUGUUUGUCAAGACCCAUGAUGACGAUAAGGUCUCAUUGUCCAUUGAAGAUAGGGAAUUUCUGAGUAUUAUGGAUGAUCAGUUCAAGAAAAGGUCUGACGGUAAUUGGGAGGUUCCUUUACCUUUUCGUUCUCCUCGGGAUAAGUUACCCAACAACAAGGUUCAAGCAGUAAACAGGUCACAGACUUUGUUAAAGAGCUUUCAGAAAAAACCUGUUAAGAAACAGCAUUUCUUUGAGUUUAUGGGACAGCUUUUAAGUAAAGGUCAUGCUGAACUUUCACCCAAGUUAGGUCAAGAUGAAGAAUGUUGGUAUUUGCCCAUUUUUGGCGUAUACCAACCACGCAAACCUAACCAAGUAAGAGUCGUGUUUGACUCAUCCGCUGUAUUCGAAGGUACGUCACUGAACUCUGUACUUUUACAAGGCCCUGACCUUACAAAUAGUCUUUUUGGGAUAUUGGUCCGCUUUAGAAAAGACAAGGUUGCAAUACUUUCAGACAUUGAGCAAUUGUUUUAUUCGUUCAGUGUUAGAGAGAGCGACAGAAACUUGUUGCGGUUUCUUUGGUUUUUAGACAACGACGCAAUCAAACCAUUAGUCGAAUACCGUAUGUGUAAGCACGUCUUUGGUAAUAGCCCAUCACCAGCUAUUGCUACCUAUGGUCUUCGUAAAUCUGUAGAAAAUUCUGACGAAGAUGUUCGCGAAUUUGUAGAGAAAGACUUCUAUGUCGAUGGUGGUCUGUCUUCACAGGUCUCUGUAGAAAAAGCUGUUGAUUUGCUUAAAAGAACUCAAUCAGUUUUAGGCGAGAGUAAGUUACGCUUACACAAGAUUGUGUCAACUGACCCAGAAGUGAGGAAAUGUUUCCCCGUAGAAGAGCUUGCCAAGGUUUAA